UGUGAAACGUGCUCUGCGUCUCUGGAGUCACAUCGACAAACCGAAAACAGGAAAAUUGUCUUUUCACAAAUGGUUUGCUCUGCGUCAAGAACAAUGGAACAACAAAGACUUUAGACUUUUCAUUAUAGGCUAAAUGCUGUCUAGAUUUAGGUAAAGUCUAAAACAACUUAUUUUUCUUCCUCUCUAUUACGAAGUGUAGUUAGUCUUCAAAGUCGGACAGGUAUUUUUUGGGACAUUGGAGCUGCUGUAGCCAACCCCUGACCAGGUGAAGGACAUGUCAUGCGGCGUCUUUCUCCCCGAGGAGGACCUCUCCUGUCCUGUUUGCAUUGACAUCUUCAGUGACCCUGUCCUGCUGACGUGCAGCCACAGCGUCUGUCGGAGCUGUCUGCAGCGCUACUGGGACACCUCAGCCUCCAGAGCGUGCCCAGUCUGCAGGUGCAGGGCCUCCAAGCGCAGUCCGCCCUCCAACCUGGCCCUGAAGAACCUUUGUGAGGCCUUGGUACAGAGCAGGCGGUCGAGCCAUGCAGGCAGGGAGAGAUUACUCUGCAGCCUGCACGGGGAGCCAUUGAAAUGAUUCUGCCUGGCCGACAUGCAGCCUGUCUGUGUGGUGUGCCAAUCCUCCAAAAUGCACAAACACCAUGAGUGUUCACCGAUAGAGGAGGCGGCACUGGAUUGCAAGAAUGAGAUCUGUGCUUCACUGAAGACCCUGAAAGACACUUUGGACUCCCUCACCAGGGUACCCAAUACAUUAAAGACCAUGCUAGCACACAUUAAGAGUCAGGCUCUGGAGACUGAACAAAAGAUGAAAGACCAGUUUGGACAGUUGCACCAGUUUCUGUACGAGGAGGAAACGGCCAUGUUAGCAGGUCUGAGGAAGGAGGAGGAGGAGAAGACAAGCCUUGUGAUGACAGCGAUGACAGAGACUGCCGCAAGCACACUGUCUCUCUCAGAGACUAUCGCAGUCCUCGAGAAGGAGAUUGCGGAAGAUGACAUGGCAUUGCUACAGAACUUCAAAGCUACUUUGGAAAGGGGGAGCUGUGUGCCACAGCCUUCAGUGACAGUUUCAGGGACACUUGUUGAUGUAGCCAAACAUCUGUGUAAUCUCAAGUACAGAGUCUGGGAGAGAAUGUCAGACCAUGUGGAUAAAGCUCCUGUGAUUUUGGAUCCAAACACAGCCCACCCCUGCCUCAUCUUGUCGGAUGACCUGACUUCACUCCACUACAGCAGCUUGCCCCUGGGUGUCCCUGACAACCCUGAGCGCUUCCACAUGAGUGCAGAGGUAGUGGGCAUGACAGGUCUGGGCUCAGGAAGUCACUGCUGGGAAGUGGAAACAGGAAGUAACGAGGACUGGAUUCUGGGUGUGGUCAGUGAGUCUGUACCAAGAGCGGCUGAGGCGUUAGCCAGGCCUGAGAAUGGUUACUGGACCUUGUGUCUGAGGAAUGAAGAGUACAGAGCCAUGACUUCUCCACCAACACUGCUGGCUGUUGCUAGGAAACCCCAAAGGGUCAGAGUGCAGAUGGACUGGGACAAGGGGGAGGUGUCUUUCUUUGACUCCACUGAUCGAGAUGCGGCCUUGUACUCAUUCUCGCAAACCAACUUUACAGAAAGAGUUUUCCCAUAUUUUUAUACACAAAGUAAACACCCGCUGAGAAUCCUUAAUGAUGAAAAACAAUGUUUUGGAUGACAAGAGUUAUAUUUUAAUGACAAUGUCACAAAUGAUGAGGUUAUGAAAAUGA